AUGAUUUUUUUUACAAAUCUAACAAACCCACUUAAUUUUGGUACGUAUGCGUUUAUUAGAUUUUCAGUAAACUCUAUAAAUUAUCGCCAAUCACUUGUAUUCUUCAAUAAAAUAAGCCAUAAAAAAUUUUCCUUUAACAACAAGGGCAUCGCAAUUAAGCAGGAUUUGGGUCUAUUUGUCAAGCCUUCAAAGCCAUUUAAGAUUCUCCGACACAGGUGGUUUAUAUACCUGAAAUUGUACACCUUACCCUUUUUGUUUGUGUUAUUCCUGGGAAAUUGUGUAACAAUUAUACCUCCUGGUUAUGUAGGAAUAUUGGAUAAUAUUGACGGAACAAUUGAUCCAUACAUUUCAGAAGGUAAAAUGGUACUUAUCCACUUUCCAUAUUAUGAGAGGGGAGUUACUUUUAGAAUAUCACCAAUACGCCGCAAAAUAAUUAACACAUUCACUACCAAUGAUGGGAAACAAAUCGAAGCCGUUGUAUUUUGUACUUUACAGGCCAAAGCAGCAUAUGCUGCGGAAAUAUACAUCCUCUUUGGCAGUCACUUUUCAAAAUCUUUCGCAGAAAGGGAAAUGGAGUUUGACUUGGCAAGAGUAAUCGAAAAGUACAAAUACGAGGAUUUUUUUGAUGAAAAUCCAGAUACUGUUGCUGAAUAUAGUCAAAACAUUUUGCAACCCGAUAAAUUAGUACUACAGAAAACAAGAUUGGAUCAAAUAAGGGAGGAGAUUUUUGAAAGAUUCGACGAUGCCGGAAAGUUUCAUAAAAUAGAUGUCUCAAAUGUGACACUUAGCUUUAGGGAUCCCAUAAUAUAA